UGGGCCUCUCCCGCGAUGGCCGCCGCAGCCGGGGGGAGUUGCCCCGCCGAGUCGCUGGGCUACUGCCUGGCCCAGCUGCGGGGCGGGGCCGAGCCCGGGCUGGGCCGGGCCCUGCUGGCCCUGCGGACCCGGCACAUCAAGCAGCCCGGCGGGAUCGAGCGGUUCCGGGCCCGCGGGGGGCUGGGGCCCCUGCUGGGGCUCCUGGCUGGGGCCCUCCGGCCCCGCCGCACCCUCGACCUGGCCCUCAGCAUCCUGGGCAACUGCUGCACCGAGGGGGGGAGCCGGGCCCAGGUGCGGGAGCUGGGGGGGAUCCCCUCGCUGGUGAAGAUCUUGAAAUCCCUUGGAGUCGAAAGUAUCCACAACCGGACAGCACGGGCCCUGGGCAACCUGGCCAUUGAUGUAGAGAACCUGCAGGCUAUCCAUGAUGCCGGCGCGGUGCCACCCCUGGUGCAAGUCCUUGCCAGCUCCCAGGACAGCGAGUGCCUACAGAGCAUCAUUCGGGCCCUGCGCAACCUGGGCGCUACCCCAGUGCACCGCCUGGCGCUGGCCCAGCAGGGUGCAGUGCGGGUCAUCUCCGAGCGCCUGGCUGCCAGCCCCGAUGACCCCGCCCUGGCUGCUGCGGCCGCCCGGGCCCUGCUAGAGCUCACCAAGGGCUGCAGCCGGGACUGCGCCGAGCAGCUGAGCCUGGGGGGCGGGGUGGCGCCCCUGGUGGCGUUAGCCGGGCACAGCAAGCGGGCGGUGCGGGAGGCGGCCAUCUCGGCGCUGUCCAAUCUCUGCCUGCAGGGCAUGCUGCGGCCGGCGGUGGGCAACGCCGGGGGCGUGGCAGUGCUGGUGGGGGAGAUCCAGCGCCGGCGCGGAGCGGGAGCUGCCGGCGCCAUCCUGCAGCCCCUGGUCAGGGCGCUCUGCCUGCUUUGCCGGGAGGCGAUGAACCGCAGCCGGGUGCGGGAGGCCGGUGGGCUGGAGCUGCUGCUGGCACUGCUGCAGGAUGGGCGCCAGCGAGGCUGCCACGCCCGCGUAGUCAUGGCCUUCGUGGCCUUCUUCUACGACCAGGAGGCGCUGGAGGUUCUGCAGGCCGGCGGGCUGGUGGCCCUGCUGGUGGAGCGGCUGGUGGCCCAGGGCCAGUGGGCUGCGCGCUGCGAGGAGGCGGCCAAGGAAGAGGAGGGAGAAAGCGAGGACGAGCGGGACGCUGCCUCCUUUGACUUCCCUGCUGAGGGGCGACGGGAAAGCGGGGCACCAGAAGGGGAGUCACCCAGUUUCCAGAGACUCAGGUCCUGGCUGCUCUCCGAGGGUUACAUUGCCAGUCCUGGCGACCUCUCCCCGCAGUGGUCCCCUGACGGCUCCCUCAGCCCCACCCUCGAGCUGCAGGACGACACACCGGGACCUGGCCGGCUGCCUGCGGGGCUCAGCUCGCCCACCCGCUUAGCUCCUCCGUUGCUGGAUCCGGCUGCCAGGGUGCAGUGCUUGGCACCAGUGGCAGAGCUGGACUCAACCGUGGCUGAUGGGAGCCAUGUGGCAGACGCGCCAGGUGCUGAGGCACCAGCCUUGGCACGUUUGGCUACAGCCAGAGCUGACAGGCACCAUCCAGCAGCGUUACUGCCAGGCGGGGCACCACGUUUGGCUGCCAGGCCACGUAUGGCAUUGCCAAAUCCAGUCAGGACGGGCGAGCACAGCGUAGCCCCCGUGGUGCUGCUGGCUACACCAAAGUCCACUGGGACCAAGAAAGAUCAUCUGGCACAGAUUGCACCGGAUGCUGCCGGCAGCGCCCAGGACCUGCAGGUUCAGUUGCCGCUGUCGGCGACCCCGAAAGAGGAGCUCUCGCCAAACUUCGCUCUGACUGACCUGCAGAAUUCAGCACGGUUCCCGGCUGCAGCAGCCACCGAAGACUUGUGUCCAGGCAUGCUGGUUCCAGCUGGGCCUGGCUGGCACGUCACGGCACCAUCAGACAAGCCAGGCCCAGCGCUGGCACCACCAAUUCCCACCGGGACCAGCUGGUCUGAUCGGGCACCGAGCCCUGUUCCCGAGCAUCUGAAUCCAGUGUCACCAAUUCCCACCGGGGCCAGCCAGUCCGAUCUGGCACCGAGCCCCGUUCCUGAGCAUCCAAUGUCACCAAUUCCCACCAGGGCCAGCCCGUCUGAUCCGGCACUGAGCCAGUCCGAUCCGGCACCGAGCCCCGUUCCUGAGCAUCCAAUGUCACCAAUUCCCACCAGGGCCAGCCCAUCUGAUCCAGCACCGAGCCCGUCUGAUCUGGCACCGAGCCCCGUUUUUGAGCAUCCAAUGUCACCAAUUCCCAUGGGGACCAGCCGGUCCGAUCCGGCACCAAGCCCAAUUCCCAAGGAUCUGCGUCUGGUUUCUCCGAUUCCUACCGGGACUGAGCAGCGCCUCCUUGCCAAUGACUUCCUGGAGCCCCAGCCCGCUGCUUUCUCCUCGCGACGCCGCAGCAAAUCACGUCCCCAUCCGGACGCGGCCCCCUGCACGCCGGCUCCGUUCCAUCCCCUGGGCGAGAUCCUGGCCCCACAGUUCUUGCUGUGGGGUGGGGAAGAGGAGCUGUCGGCCCCCGAGGCACCGGCCCUGCUGCUGCUCUCCCGGUUCUCCCAGGCCGAAGACCCCAGCCGCAGCCUGGUGACUGGCCCGGUGCUGCAGGGGCUGCUGGCCUAUGUCACCGGAGCCCCGGCCCCGCUACCCCGCUGCCUGCGGCUGCUGCACCGGCUCACGUGCAACCCCAUCUGCCUGGAGGCGUUCGUGCGCUGCCACGCCCCCUCCCUGCUGCGGGCCUGGCUGGUGCUGGGCGUGCCCCCAGAGGAGGCCGCCGCCGUGGGACAUGAGACCCCCAGAAGCCCAGGCAGCGGGUACCGGCGGUUCAAGGAGUUGGGUGAGACCCUGCUGUGCAAUCUGUGCGUCCAGGCUGAGUCGGCCUUCGGGGCGGGCGUCCUCACCCACAUGCUGCUUUCGGGUGCGGAGGCCGACCAAGUGGCCUGUGCCAUGGCCCUGCCCCUCAUCUGCAGGAAGAAGUCCCUCUGCCGGAGGCUGCUCCUGGAGCACUCUGGCCUGCGCCUCCUGCUGGCUGCCUUGACACGUGGCGCUGACCUGCCCUUCACCUUCUACGCCGUGGACUCGCUCUCCCUGCUGCUGGGUGCUGCCGCCCCCCUCCCUGCCCCGCCAGCCCCCAAGCGCUCCCGGCUAGCAGCCUCCCCGCCGUGCCCCUACGAGCAGCUGGUGAAGGCGGGCGGGGCGGACCUGCAGUUCCGGUUGGACUCGGGCACCCCGGUGCCGGCCUCGCGCCAGGCCGCGUGCGCUGGCUCUGACGUCCUGCGGGCCAUGCUGGCGGGCGGGUUUGCUGAGGCACGCCAGGCCCUGGUGCCCAUCCGUGGGGUGGCGCCUGCCCCCUUCCUGGUGCUGACCCACUUCCUGCAUGGCUGCCGGGGCGAGCCAUGCCAGGCCCUGGGGGGCCCGUUCCCACCCGGCGAGGGGGAGCUGGCGGAGCAGACGCUGGCGGUGGCCGAGCAGUUCCUGCUGCCCGAGCUGCAGGAGCUGGUGGAGGAGGCGUUGUGCCGGCAGUACCUGCGCCCGGGCGCCAGCCUGGACCAGCUGUACCGGCUUGGGGAGCGGCUGGGCCGGGGGCAGCUGCUGCGGCGCUGUGCCCGCUACGUCCUGCUGGGGGCGGCAGAGGAGCCCACCAGCCGAGCGGCCGCGCUGGCGCGGAUCCUCCGAGUCACCGGAGACCCCAAGGGACUGGCCCAGGAGCUGCUGGAGGUUGCCAUGGAGACGCCAUGGGGAGUGGGCACUGAUGGGACCUAGGCUGGGGGCUGGCUGAGGGCACUGUCUGUACCCCUCUGGGUGUGGGGGGGUUGGGAACAGAGGAGUUUGGAGGUCAGAGAGCUGUGGGGAGCUGGAUGUUUAGGAUAGUGGCGGGGACUGAGGGGGAGAAAUGGGGUAAUGGCAAGGUAAGGAAUGGGGAUAUGGGACCCCAGCGGUGAGAGGAAUCAGGGCAAUGGGGACGAGCCACUGACCCCCAGGAAAGUUUGAAAUCCCUUCUCUGUUGGGUGAGUCAUUUCCCUCCCCUGGACAUGGCACAGGGUGGGAGCCUCCCUGCAACCUCCCCUGAGGAAGGGAUUGUGGCAUAUUGGGAGGGUGCCCCUACUUUUGCGGCACGAGGCACCACAAUUCCCCCACCUGAGGCCACGGAGAGCAGUUUGGGGGGGGCUUGACUGGAGGGGGCUCAGUCGCUGAUCUGCAGGGUACCCCUUGGUCACUGGGGCAGGGCAUUGUGUGUGCUUUGUCUGCACAGGGAGAUGCCCCCGUCUUGUUUCCUAGGUCCCAGGUAGGGCAGCUGCGGGGGGUGCUCAGCGGUUUCCCCCCCAUGCUGCGGGGAGCAGUGACCGGUGGCCGGGGACGCUGCUUUCUGCUGGCGAGGGGCUGGGUGUGUACGACUGGAAUGUAUUGAAUAAGCUCCUGUACGUGGAGAAAUACAGGCUGGGCUUCACCACG